GGCCUAUUACGCUCAUUUAUAACACUGAGAAACCACCGAGACGGGGCGGGAUGGACAGAGCGGCCCUGAGAAACCACCGAGACGGGAAUGGAUGGAUAGAGCGGCCCCGGAAACCACCGAGACGGGAAUGGAUGGACGGAGCGGCCCUGAGAAACCACCGAGACGGGAAUGGAUGGACGGAGCGGCCCUGAGAAACCACCGAGACGGGAAUGGAUGGAUAGAGCGGCCCCGGAAACCACCGAGACGGGAAUGGAUGGACGGAGCGGCCCUGGGAAACCACCGAGACGGGGCGGGAUGGACAGAGCGGCCCCGGAAACCACCGAGACGGGGCGCGAUGGGCAAGAACUGCCCUGGGGCACCACCGAGACGGGGCCGGGUCGGAUACAACAGCCCUGAAUGACCAUCGAGACGGGGAGGAAUCGGCCAGAGCGGAAUUCCUCCAGGAUCACCGAGACAGGGCAGGAGCGGCCAGAGCGUCCUCGCGUAACCAUGGAGACGGGGCUGCGCCGGAAGCGGAAGUGACGCGCGCACGGAAGCGGCGGCAAGUGCGGCCCGGGGUCCCUGAGGGGUUCCGGGGUCCCUCAGGCCAUGGCGGACCCGUCGCUGCUCUCGGCCGAGCUGGAGGCGGAAGAGGAGGAGGAGGCGGCGCUGCGGCGGCUGCUGCUGCAGGUUACCCCGGACCGUGAGGAGGCCCCGCGGCCCGGGCCCGCCCGCGCCGUCACCCCGCAGCCGGGGCUGUGCGUCAAGACCCGCGCGGGCGGGCACAAGGCGUUCAUCAACGUGUGCCACUCGCCCGAGGUGCCGCCGCCGCCGCCCGUGCCCCCGCCGGGGCUGCAGCGGCUCCUGCGGGACCCUCCCGGCCCCGACGGCGGAUUCCGCAUCCCCAUGAGCCUGGGGGAGCCGCACGCCGAGCUGGACCGAGGCGGCCGCGGCUGCACCGCCUACGACGUGGUGGUGAACUCGGGCUUCUUCAGGACGCUGCAGGCUGACCCCCUGUACCUGGAGUUUUUCCUGACGGUGGCCAUGGAGGGGCUGUCGGAGAAGUACGGGGUGGAGCUGGAGCUGACUGGCUGGCGGGUGCUGCGGAACCGGAAGUUCCUGGGCAGCAUCUCGGCCCAGAGCAUCCGGGCCCGGCCCCGGCCCCGCAUCCAGGAGCUGCCGGGCCCCCCGGAGCCCCCCCAGUUCGUGGUGGUGGCCGAGCCCUCGGCCCAGGAGCCAAAGGUGCUGCAGGCCCGGGUGCACCUGCCCCAGGAGGGGGCGGGGUCGCUAUGGCUGGGGCUGAGCGAGGAGCGGCUGCUGCUGGCCCGGCCGCCGGCAGGGGGCGCGGCCGCGGGUCCGCCCGCCCGCCAGGGGGCGCUGCUGGAGCUGGGGCUGCCCCUGCGCGCCGACCCCGCGCGGUGCCGCGCGCGCUUCCACCGCCGCUCCAAGGUGCUCACCGUGACCGUGCCGCUGCGGGCGUGAGGGACACCGAGCACCGCGGGACCCCCUGAACACCGCGGGACCCCCCUAAAUACCG